GAUUUUGGUUGAUCUGUCGGGGAGUGCAAUCGUCGGAGUCAUCAAAUGUGUGCUCCUUACAACAAACAUAUAUCCACCACACCACCGGUCCGUAGAAUAAUCACUCACAUCACAUGGCUUCCUUUCUGCUCUCAUCUCCGUCCAAGUCUUCUAUUCAUCCUGUUAAACUCACUUUCAAAUCUCAACAACAGCAUCAUCGCAUUGGUAAUCGUAAUUCAAGAUCAUUAUGCGCAGUGCUACCAUAUCAGAACCAUAAAUAUACCAAGAUUGGUGCCGUAUCUGUUGGCCCUAUUUCAUCUGCUAAACUCCUCCAAAGCGUUGAAUUCGCUGCAAAAAUCGGUGCUGAGGUUGUGAUGGAAGCCGUAAAUAAGCCUAGGAAUAUCAGCUAUAAAGGACUCACUGAUUUGGUUACUGACACAGAUAAAAAUAGUGAGUCUGCCAUUCUCAACCUUGUGAGAAAGAGUUUUCCAGAUCACCUGAUUUUAGGGGAGGAAGGAGGUGUUAUUGGGGAUUCAUCUUCGGAUUAUCUUUGGUGUAUCGAUCCUUUGGAUGGGACUACAAAUUUUGCACACGGAUAUCCCAGCUUUGCGGUCUCUGUCGGAGUGCUCUACCGAGGAAAGCCAGCUGCUGCUGCUGUCGUAGAGUUUGUUGGGGGUGCCAUGUGUUGGAACACACGCACAUUUUCUGCAGUUGCUGGUGGAGGUGCAUUCUGUAACGGGCAAAAGAUUCAUGUUAGUCAGACGGACAAUGUUGAGAGAGCUCUACUGGUGACCGGGUUUGGAUACGAACAUGAUGAUCCAUGGGCCGCCAACAUGAACUUAUUCAAAGAAUUUACUGACAUCAGUCGGGGUGUGCGAAGACUAGGUGCAGCUGCAGUGGACAUGUGCCACGUUGCUUUGGGCAUUGUUGAAGCAUAUUGGGAAUAUCGUCUCAAACCAUGGGAUAUGGCUGCUGGUGUUUUGAUAGUUGAAGAAGCUGGUGGGGCAGUUUCUUGUAUGGAUGGUGGAAAAUUUACGGUAUUUGACAGAUCACUCUUGGUUUCAAAUGGUGUAUUACAUUCUAAGCUUCUAGAGAGAAUCGGUCCUGCAACAGAGGAGCUAAAAGGCAAGGGAAUUGAUUUCUCAUUAUGGUACAAGCCAGAUGAUUACAACACAGACUUAUAAUUCACCCACCCCCACAUCUUAUUGCUGCGAUAUGUUGGCUUUAAUUUUAUUUUAUUUUUCCGUUUCUGUUUCCAACUCAUGAGCUAUUUAUUACCCAGAUUGUGAGCAGAUUCUAUUUGUACUUCUUUCAUGCUCUCUUAUGCUAUAUAUAUAUAUAUAUCAGUAUGCAUACACACA